UCCUCCACCCCACAUACCACCCCCCCCUCCUCCCCCCAAUACCCCCACCGGAUUUAAAGGGGCAGAGCGGCGGCAACGCCUAAGGGGGGCUGCGGUGGCGGGGGGAGGGGGUACCCGCCAUGCCGAACUUCUGCGCGGCCCCCAACUGCACCCGCAAGAGCACCCAGUCCGACCUGGCCUUCUUCCGCUUCCCGCGGGACCCGGUCAGAUGUCAGAGGUGGGUAGAGAACUGUCGAAGGGCGGAUUUAGAAGAUAAAACUCCAGAUCAACUCAACAAGCACUACAGGCUGUGUGCUAAGCAUUUUGAGACUUCUAUGAUAUGCAGAAGUAGUCCUUACAGAACAGUUUUAAGAGAUAAUGCUGUGCCAACUAUAUUUGAUCUUACAAGUCAUCUGAACAAUCCUCACAGCAGACAUAGRAAAAGGAUAAAAGAACUGAGUGAAGAUGAAAUAAAAACACUGAAGCAGCAAAAGAUUGAUGAAGCCUUAGAGCGGGAACAGGCAACUCAAGAAUUGAAUGAAAGCAAUGCACAGAAUACUGUCUCGCAGGAAGGAGGGGAAGAACAAGAGGAGAAAGUUGUCCCUUUAACACUUGAAGAAAGAGAAAACAAAGAUUACCUCAAAUCUUUGUUUGAAAUUUUGAUCCUAAUGGGUAAACAAAAUAUUCCUUUGGAUGGCCAUAACGUUGAUGAUCUUCCAGAAGGUGUCUUCGCUUCAGAUAACUUCCAGGCUCUACUGGAAUAUAGAAUAAAUGCUGGAGAUGAAGUUCUGAGGAAACGAUUUGAGAUGACUGCAGUAAAUCUUGAGUAUUGUUCAAAAACUCAGCAGAAGCAAAUGCUUGAGAUCUGUGAAAGCUGCAUUAGAGAAGAGACAUUGAGGGAAGUAAGAGAUUCGCACUUCUUUUCCAUAGUUACUGAUGAAGUAGUAGAUAUAGCAGGAGAAGAACAUUUGCCAGUUCUGGUGAGAUUUGUUGAUGACUCUCAUAAUCUAAGAGAAGAAUUCAUAGGUUUUUUGCCUUACGAGGAUGAUCCUGAAAUCUUAGCUGUAAAAUUCCACACAACUAUUACGGAAAAAUGGGGUCUAAACAUGGAGUACUGUCGAGGUCAAGCCUACAUCGUCUCCAGUGGGUUUGCUUCUAAAAUGAAAGUCGUAGCCACAAGACUCUUGGAAAAGUAUCCACAAGCUGUGUAUACGCUGUGUUCCUCCUGUGCCUUAAAUGCAUGGCUGGCAAAAUCCGUCCCUGUUGUUAGUGUUUCCGUUGCACUAGGUACAAUCGAAGAAGUCUGCUGUCUUUUUAAUCAGUCUCCCCAGUUGCUAGUGGAACUGGACAAUACAAUUUCUGUUCUUUUUCAGAACAAUGAGGAGAAAGGUAACCAGCUGAAGCAGAUCUGCCGCUCUCAGUGGACAGGCAGGCAUGAUGCUUUUGARGUUUUGGUGGACAUGAUGCAAGCACUGGUUCUGUGCUUGGAUAGUGUUAUCAGUGACUCGUCUGUCCGGUGGAAUAACUUUAUUGCUGGCCGAGCGUUUGUACUUUCAAGUGCAUUAACAGAUUUUGACUUCAUUGUCACUAUUGUAAUUUUGAAAAACGUUCUGUCUUUCACAAGAGCCUUUGGAAAAAAUCUCCAAGGACAAACGUCAGAUGUGUUCUUUGCAGCUGGCAGCUUAACAGCAGUGUUGCAUUCUCUGAAUGAAGUGGUAGAAAAUAUUGAAGUCUACCAUGAAUUUUGGUUUGAGGAAGCAACAAAUUUGGCUACAAAACUGGACGUGCAAAUUAAGCUUCCUGGAAAAAUUCGCAGGGCACAACACGUUAACUUGGACGCUGAAAUAACUUCAGAAAACUACUACAAGGAAAUUCUUAGUGUCCCUGCAGUGGAGCACAUCAUUCAAGAAUUAAAAGAUAUAUUCUCAGAACAACAUUUAAAAGCUCUCAAAUGUUUGUCGUUAGUGCCCUCAGUCAUGGGGCAGCUCAAAUUCAAUACAUGUGAAGAGCAUCAUGCUGAUAUGUACAAAAAUGACUUGCCUAAUCCAGACACGCUUUCUGCUGAGCUUCACUGCUGGAGAAUCAAGUGGAAGCACCGAGGAAAAGACAUUGAGCUUCCAACUACUAUUUAUGAAGCACUUCAUUUGCCGGACAUAAAAUUUUUCCCUAAUGUAUAUGCACUGCUCAAAGUCUUGUGCAUCCUUCCAGUGAUGAAGGUGGAGAAUGAGAAGUACGAAGUAGGACGAAAGCGCUUAAAGGCAUAUCUGAAAAACACCUUAACAGAACAAAGGUCAAGCAACCUAGCUCUGCUCAACAUAAACUUUGAUAUAAAACAUGACUUAGAUUUAAUGGUGGACACCUACAUUAAACUCUAUCCAGAUAAAGUGGAAUUUCAGGAAGAAUUUCUUCCCACAAAUAACACCGAAGUAACAGAAGAUGCUUAAUUUUUUAAGCUUUAAACAGGCUGUUGAAACAGCUUUUUCCUAGUUUAAACCUCAAUGUUGAGAGAAAAAGCUGUGACGUCUCAGAAAUCACUGCAAUGGUAUUUCCGUUUUAGGGCUCAGAUUGAAGAAGCAGUGGUCAGUGACCCAACAUACGUUUUGUUUAAUAUGCAUUAAAUAUAUUAUGUGAACAAAACAAAGCAAGCCUGAAAAUAAAUCUGUGCUCUUCGCAAUGAUGGUGCUUUCUCCAUCUGAUUGACUUAAGUAGGUGCUCGUUCACGUUGUUGCAUCUUGGAAAAAAGUAUAUUGUGGUGAUUGUAGGGCUGAUGGGGCUGUUACAUAUUCCCUCUUGAAUACAGAUAAGAAAAAAAACUCGCAAUGCAAAAGGAGAGUAUAAUCUGUCUCAGUCUAGUUAUUUAGAAUUUAUCUUUUUUUUUUUAACUUAAAAUCUUGAACAGGCAUUUAUUGGCAUUCUGGGGAGUGCAUUCAGCUAUUGCACGGUCCUCAUGCCGUGGACUGUUCUCUAUAAAAAGUAAAAAUAAUGAUUUAGAGGUACGAUAAGGUUUCAUUGGAAGAGUCAGCCUCUUUAAUCAUUUGAUGACUGUUUACAUUCCUUUGUGUGAGACACAUUU